UAAACGCGAACGUAGCACGUAAGUGCGUUUCACUAAGAGUUACGACUUGCGAGUUACGACUAAACUUGAUCGUAACUCUACGAGUGGUCAGGGGCACUCGUUAAUUGACUUGCGAGCACGUAAACAAACAAAAAUGGCGUCUUUUCUCCUGCUAGCAGACGAUGCGAAACGAAAUUUUCGACGAGAGAGGGUUUUCCGGGAUCGGACAAACCCCCUCGAUUAUCUCAAUGACCAGGAAGUGAUAGAAAGGUAUCGCUUACCUCGAAUUUUCAUAUAUAGACUUAUUGACAUGGUAGAAGCCGACGUGCAGAGGUCCACAGGGCGAAGCCAUGCCUUGUCAACAUCCACACAGGUACUUGUUACAAUAAGAUACUUGUCAAAGGCAGCAUUUUUCUCGGAGUGUGGAGAUCUUCAUGGGGUGUCUCGGUCUAGUGUGUCAAGAGCCAUUGACAGUGUAACCAGAAGUAUCUGUGAUCGGCUUAACAACAUCCACUUUCCAUCUGAGAAUGAAGCAUUACGAACAAAACACGAGUUCUAUCAGAUUGCUGGAUUCCCCAAUGUCCUUGGUGCCGUUGAUGGAACUUUAGUUCCAAUCACUGCACCCAAAGACAAUGAACCAGAGUACGUUUGUCGGAAGGGCUAUCACGCUAUAAACGUACAAGUGGUUGCUGAUGCCUCCUUAAGGUUUACAAACGUAGUUUGCAAGUGGCCUGGGUCCACACACGAUGCGUUCAUUUUUUCUAACUCGGCCUUGAAGACUCACAUGGAAACAAGGAAUGACGGCUGGCUUCUUGGGGACUCGGCAUAUGCUUUAAAGCGGUACAUGAUGACGCCCAAGUCCAACCCAAGCAAUGAGGCCGAGGAAAAUUACAAUUUAGCCCACAGCAAGACAAGGGUUGUAGUUGAAAGAGCACUUGGUGUCUGCAAAUCCCGAUUCAGGUGCAUACAUAAAUCUGGUGGGAUGCUUUUAUUCACUCCUGCAAAAAGUGUGCAGAUCAUCACAGCUGUGUUUAAGCUGCACAACAUGUGUAUGGACAUAAAGCUGCCCAUUGAUGGAGAGAUGUGCGAUAACGACCCAGACCAGGAAUCUUCUGGGCUACAAGGUGUUACUGCAGAUGGUGCUGGACAAACAGUCAGAAGGAGACUAAUACAGAGAUUUGCCAAUUGAAACUAUCAGUCUGUCAAACAAUUGAAAAAUCUCCUGCUAGUGCAAUUUUGGCUUUUUGCAGAUGCAAGAUCUCUUAUAUUAAACAAACACUCUCUAAGCAGUUAGUUUUACUUAACGAAGCUUUAAACACCAAAAUUUUUUUUUUCAGAAAAAAUUCCAGGAUAUCAUAUAAAGAUGUACACAAGUUUAUUCAGUUAUAAUUUUUAA